CGCCGCCCGGGGCUCUGCCCGCAGCCCGGGGAGCUGCUAAGACACAAACACUCGCACGUGCGCCCCCGCCCCUCCCCGCGCACGCGCCCGGGGUCCGCGCGCUUCCUCCCCCACACCCCCCCGUUCCCGGCUCGCUCGGAUCCGGCGCCUCCUGCGGCUCCAGCCCCGGCCCCGCGGCGGACCCGGCCAGAGGAGAAAGCAUCAGCGGCAGAAUCGGCGGCGACAGCAACAGAGGUGGCGGCGGCGUAGACAGUGACAGAAGCGGCGGCAGCAGCGAUAGCGGUAGCGGCGCGGGUGAGGAGGCGGCUGCUGCGGAGAGCGGGCGGGGGGGGGGGCGAUGCCGCCGGCCCCGGCCCCCGGCCCGGGAGCACCGCGGGCUCCGUCACAGGCCGGCCUCUGAGGCGCGCGCAGCAGAGCCCUCCGGGCAGCUUCGGGCCCAGCUCUCCUUCGUCCCCGCCCUGCAGGUGCGGUGGGCCCGGCCGGCCUGCAGAGGAGAUGGUGGCGGCCCCGGGGGGCGGGCCUGGGAAGCCCUGGUAACCCCAGGCCCCAGCGACGCCGCACUGGGACCACCUGCCGUGAGCAAACAGCCCUAGGAUAACUGCUUCUCUCCCCCCCCCCCCCUCCUCCCCUGGUCACACAGCCUGGUUCCCCCAGGCUCUGGUCACACCGACCCUGGGACCCCCUCCCAAUUCUGCAGACAUCCCCUGUGACCUUCCUCCCUCAAGCCCUGACCAGACAGCCCGGACAUUCCUGUACCCCCCGGGACUCCCCCAACCCCCACUCUGAUUAAACAGCCCCAGUGUCACACACACAUAGAGGGCUAGACUGCCCCGUGUCACCACCCCACCCCCCACCCUGGCGGAGAUAGCCUCGGGGACUUGUCCUUUCUGCUCCCACCUCUAGACCCUGGCCAGACAGCCCUGUAAUCUCCACUCCCAUUAUAGUGGACAGCGCCAGUGAACCUCCCCGCCCCCUAACCUGCCCGGACCGAAGAGAUCUCAGCUUCCGUGCCCAGAAUCCUCCGUUUCUGUCACACACCCACCAGACCAGGCAGCUUUUGUCUUCCCUCACCUCCUUGCUUAGAGAAUUUGGGUUCCUCUCCCCAGAGUACUUUGGAAUUGUGGCCCAGGGACGUCCCUCCCGAAGCAGGGCAUUGAUUCUCUGUCCAUAUGCCCUGAUGACCAGUCUUGGGCAAAUAUGAACCUGCCCUUCCUUAUGCUAAGAAUGAGCCCUGCUCCCUCCAUCCUUUCCCCGAUAGAACACUGCCAGUUCCUCUUUCCCGUGGGCCUCCCACUGUGAUCUCCCACCAGUGACACUAUGCAACACCAGAGUGGUUGCCGAGGCAUCUGGCUCCUGCCCCUGUCCCUCUUCCUGUCUAGCCUUGGGGUGGCCAGAACUGGGCGCUCCCUUCUCAGCUGCCCUACAGGGUGCCUUUGUGCCAGCAACAUUCUCAGCUGUACCAAACGGGGACUGUCGAAUGUUCCUCAGUCUCUCCCUCGCUACACGGCAUUCCUGGAUCUUAGCCACAACAACCUGACCCACCUUCGGGCCCAGUGGACCACCAUACACCUGAUCCAUCUUCAGUCACUGUUCCUUAGCCAUAACCACUUACACUUCAUCUCCACGGAGGCCUUCACCCCAGUACCCGGGCUGCGCUACCUGGACCUCUCCUCCAAUCAUUUGAAGACUCUGGAUGAGUCGCUGUUCAGUGAACUUAAGAAUCUGGAGGUAUUGCUCCUGUACAGCAACCAAAUUGUGGAGGUGGACCGAAGCGCCUUUGAUGACAUGGUCAACCUGCAGAAACUCUACCUGAGCCAGAACCAGAUUGCUCGCUUCCCUGUAGAACUGGUCAAGGACAGGUCCAAGCUCCCCAGCCUGACACUACUGGAUCUGUCUUCUAAUAAACUGAAGCUAUUACCCACAGCUGAUCUGCAAGACCUGCCAGCCUGGAUGAAAAACGGAUUGUACCUGCACAACAAUUCCCUCAGCUGUGACUGUGAGAUUCAGAAGCUCUUUACACACUGGCAGUAUCGCCAGCUGAGCUCAGUGACAGACUUUCAGGAGGAUUUGUACUGUAUGUAUUCCAAGAAGAUGUACAGCGUCUUCAACAUAACCACCCUUAACUGCAGUGAGUUCAAGGAAUGUGCAUUUGAGGCCUACCUGGGAGAAUCCUUGAUCAUCAGCUGUGACACCAAGCAGCAGGGAAUGACAAAGGAAUGGGUGACACCGAACAAUGAAAAGGUACUGAAUGAGGUGGGCAAUGGCACAGUGAAGGUGUUGCAAAAUGGCAGUCUUCAGUUCGAGCACAUUCGGGUUGAGGACCAGGGACUGUAUACCUGCUAUGCAGUAGGGGAAGCAUUCAAUGAAACAUUGUCCGUGGAGGUGAAGGUCCACAACUUCACCCGGCACGGACCGCAUGACACUCUCAAUACAGCCUAUACAACACUGGUGGGCUGUAUCCUCAGUGUGGUCCUGGUCCUGAUCUAUCUGUAUCUCACCCCUUGCCGAUGCUGGUGCCGAGCUGGGGAGAGACCCACAAGCCAUCAGGGAGAUAGCCUCAGUUCUUCCAUGCUCAGCACCACCCCAAACCAUGAUCCUAUGGCUGGUGGUGGUGGCAAGGACAGUGGUUUUGACCGUCGAGUGGCCUUCCUGGAACCUACAGGACCUGGACAGGGUCAAAAUGGCAAACUAAAGCCUGGCAACACCCUCCCUGUACCUGAGGGGGCCAAAGGCCAGAGGAAAAUGUCUGAUCCAGAAUCAGUCAGCUCAGUCUUCUCUGAUACACCCAUUGUGGUGUGAGUAGGGUGGAGAGAAUGGGAAGAAUCCCCUGGAAAGAGGUGAUAUGGCAACCUCCAAAGGCUGUGAGGGGAAGGAAGAGAGCUGCCUGGGGGUGUUAGUUUCCCCUGUUCUCCUGAGGGAAAUGUGCACAGAUGCUACAGUGGGCAAGACCUCCCACCUCCAUUCCUGGGUGUGGAAGAUUUUCAAAUAUGGAUCUAUAAUUCUCAGAUGCUGUACCCCUACCCAAAGUUCUAGCAAGUUCAGCUGAUGAUAAAGGAACAUGUCUAAGACAGGUGGGUCUAGUGGGUAAUAGAUUCCCUAAGCUUUUACCACAUCAUCUUUGGCCCCACAAGAGAGUGGUCAUUAUCUAAGCAUUUGAAAGGAAAAUGGGAUGAUUUUUUUUUCAAUGUCUUCUUCCACUUCUAUCCAGAGAUUUGGGGUGGGACUUAAAUGGGAGUAGAUUUGGGCAGCUGGCCUAAUUCUAGAAGUUUCAGCUGCAGAUAAAUCCUCUUUGGUUAGAAACCAACACAUCAUAGACAUAAAUUGAAAACCUUAAGGAAUGGGAUAGGAAUCCAAAAAAGACCCCUGAAUCAAGAAUGACUCCCAAAGCUGUUCUGAAACUUUUUCUACCUUCCUUUUUCUCAAGAAGAAUUAAGUAGAAGACUGCAUCACAGAAGCAAAUUACCAGCAUGAUCCUAUAGCAAAAUAGGGACUCCCGAGCAGCAGCAUCAUAGAGUGCCACCUUGGGGGAUUGUCCAUUGAGAUAAGGUGCCAGGUAGUAAAAGAACUAGGCUACUUGGAUCACAGCAUAGAAGACCUUAAAACCUACUCCUGGUGUGAACUGUAGGGAUUCUGAUUCCCUGGUCUCUUCUCUGCUGUGCAUUUGUACUUCAGGGUCUAGUGAUUUCACCAUCUCAGGCCCUGACUUUGGCAGGGCUUUUGCAGGUGCCUACCACAGGCAUGCUGUGUAAGAUGAUUGGGAUGGAGGUUGGAAAUGGGAGGACAUGAAGGGAACGACCUAUUAUAGAGAUGAGGUUAAAUUAGCCUCCAUUUAUAACACCUUGUUUUGUCUACCAAUUUUCCUUCCCUUGCUAUGCCUCCAGCAGCCUCUUUGACAAGCUUCAGUGUAAGCUGAGCUUUCUCUGUCUGUACAAUAUGGGGCCUCAGCUCCUUAAUAGUAGAUUGGGUGAAGGGAGAGGUUAUCACAGUGUGAAACAUCCAUGCAUUGGCAAGGUAUCCUUCUCAGGUCUAGGUUAAAUGGCUCUAAAAAUUCAGGCGUGUUCUUAACUCAUAGUUCUCACCUACUUUGAGGCUAGCAAAAGGGUUUAACUGUGCACAGGGGUUUGAGAGGAAUGGUUUUUGUCCCAGAAUGGGAGGUCUGGAGUGUGUAUGUGGUUAAAAUCCUGUACUUUCUCCAACUUGCAAGCAAUUCUAAUAUAGCUGAAAUAGGUUGAAUAAAACCCACAUGGGAAACUGAUGCUUCCACUAUUGAUUGCCCUUAGUCCUUAAGUCCCCAUCCCUUUCUGACAGACCAAGGGGCUGGGAUAUGUGGUAUAGGGCAAAGAGUCCCUCCAAAAUUGGAGACUAACUUGGGAAUAGGGAAGAUGGCUGUACGCUUCAUACCCCAGUCUUUUCAGCAGUAUUUAAGUGGACCACAAUUCUGGUGUGGUUAUUCUGGAAUUUUGAGGUAGAGCUACAUGAAGGCUGGAGAUGGGGAAGAACAGAAAUAUUUUCCAAUUCAGUUUUCGAUCGGCUCUUUCCCCUACCAAUGCUGGCCCAGUUUUUUCUCCAGUUGGCUCUUAGAUCAGGGAUGCUCUCCAAGCAUUUGAGCUACUUUCUGGGCUCCAGGAGGAGGCAUUCCUAACUUGGCUUCCCCUGGGGAAUCAAAGGAUCAGAGAUUUGGAUCAGAAAGGGAACUUGGAGGACAUCUAGUACAAUCUCCAUUGUUUUAUAGAUGGAAACAAGCCCCAAAGAGGUUCAGUGACUUGUACAGGGUGACACAUAUAGGAUGGUGGCUGCCCAUUACCAGUAAAAGGGAUCUAGCUCUUUCUGCCUAAUAAGACUAAGGCCAGGAACUAGUGCUUAAGAUGCUGCCCCCAUUCAUCCUUGGGCUUUUCCAACUGCCUUCCACCUCCCACCCGCAGUUGCUAGAGAGAUGCAGCAUUUCCCCCAGGUACUUUACAAGCUAUAGGUAUGCAUGCAUGCACACCAGCAUUUUGGCAUUGACCUAGGCAGUGUGUCUCCUUUGAUUUCUUCUGAUCCCCACAGAGUUGUCUCUACACAUUCACAUAGCUUUACAUAUAUAUUAUAUUCAAAUAGAGGCAUCCUGGUGGUCCUGCUUUAUCCCUUCAGCUUAAAAUCAUUAGGACUCUCCCCUCACCAAGGUUUCUAGAGCUUCACCUCUUUCCUCAUUGUGGCACUGUGGGUAGAGACCUGAACUUGAAAUUUGAAUCAGACACUAUAUGAUCUUGGGCAAAUCACUUAAAUUCUUUUUCCUCAUUUGUAAAUUAGUGAUAAAACCUACCUCACAGGGUUGUUGUGAGGUUAAAUUAGAUAAUAUUUGUAAAGUGCUUUGUAAACCUUAAAGCAUUGUAUAAAGGUGAGCUAGUAUUAUUCCAUGACCACCACCACCACCCCUGACUUUCCUGCACUUGCUAGUGUUUUGAGAAUGCUGUUUGGAAGGUAGGGAGAAUUGGAAGCUGUAGCUGGGCCCUAACAACUUGGAAAUUUCAUGUUGAUCUAAGAUAUCCUUGGGCAGUAGCCAUGAGAUUCCAAAAUAGUAUUUCUCUUGGAAGUUUAUUAACUAAGGUCCAGUAUAUGAAGGAGAGACCAUCCCUCUUCCCAGUUAAAUGCCUUGGUAAGACUGGGAAUUUCUAUCAUCUCAGCAUAGGGAGAAAAGAGUAAAAAUCAAAUUUCCUAUAACUGAUUGUCUUCCAAAGACAUUCUGGGACAUUUAUUUCCUAGAGAUAAGAACUUGGAAUCCAUUCUCAGAUUUAUCAGGAAACCUGGGCAUGGUUAACUUUCUGAGGUGGUUUGCACAGCUGAGCUCUGUCUGAGGUCCUGAGAACCUCCAGAAUGAGCACGAAAUGAAAUCGGUUCUGGGAGCUUUCCCAGCAACCUGGGCUUCUGGCAAGUUAACUGUCCAGCAAACUGACUUCCUGCAAAAUGAAGAAAGUCUCUGCUUGUUUCUCCAAGGCUUGCUUUGCUAAUGAAUGGAUGUACCUCUGAUUAGUAGCUCCUAUCCUAAUUCCUGUUGAUAGACACCCAAAUGGCUUUCUGCUUAGGGAAGUGAGUACUUACCAUUAUAGAGGUUCACUGGUGCCCUGUGAAGAGAACCAUCUGGGCAUUGAUAGAAAGAAGGCUGAAGGGGCUACCCACAAGACAGAAAAAAUAAAUCUUGGAAGCAGGUGUCCCUGAAGACUGAUUAUGACAUGACUGCACAAUCUAUGUUUAUGUGUAAUCUUUUUUUCGUGUAAUCAUGGAGUUCUCAGAAAGGAACUAAAACAAGAGCUACUCCCACCCUGCCCAGGCAGGUAGCUAAAAGCAGAUUGAAUCUGACUUCAUGGGUGUUCUUGUCCCUCCCUUCCCCCGCCUGCCCUUGUCCCCUUGCUGGCAAAGCAAAUGGGGUUCUUUGUGUCCAGGUUCCCUCUCCUACCACUUGUGUACAACCAGGCUGGCAGACCCCACAGCCUCCUGACUCCACCAUCUGUCUGAGCCUCUGCUCUGAAGAAUAGACAGUGAUCAUUAAACCAGGCAUGAGUCUGUUCCA